CGCGCGAGUCCAGCGGGUCCUUCCCCACCUCCGUCCCCACCCACGCCGCGGGCUCGGGUCGGAAGCUUUAUUUACAGAACAUUCUAAGGAACAACUCACCUUUAUGCAUUUUGAAGGAACGUACUUAGAUUCUGAUAUACCCUUAAUGAAAGUUUCAUCACCGUUUUCAGACAUAUGUAGAGUGUGUCGGUCAGAAGGAACACCCGAGAAACCUCUUUAUCAUCCUUGUGUAUGUACUGGCAGUAUUAAGUUUAUUCAUCAAGAAUGCUUAGUUCAGUGGUUGAAACACAGUCGAAAAGAAUACUGUGAAUUAUGCAAGCACAGAUUUGCUUUCACACCAAUUUACUCUCCAGAUAUGCCUUCUCGGCUACCAAUCCAAGACAUAUUUGCUGGACUGGUUACAAGUAUUGGCACUGCAAUACGAUACUGGUUUCAUUAUACACUUGUGGCCUUUGCAUGGUUGGGAGUUGUUCCUCUUACAGCAUGCCGCAUCUACAAGUGCUUGUUUACUGGCUCCGUGAGCUCACUACUGACACUGCCACUAGACAUGCUGUCAACGGAAAAUUUGUUGGCAGAUUGCUUACAGGGCUGUUUUGUGGUAACAUGCACACUUUGUGCAUUCAUUAGCCUGGUGUGGUUACGAGAGCAGAUAGUCCAUGGGGGAGCACCAAUUUGGCUGGAGCAUGCUGCUCCAGCCUUCAAUGCUGCUGGACACCACCAAAAUGAGGCUCCUGUAGGAGGAAAUGGUGCAGAGAACGCUGCUGCUGAUCAGCCAGCUAACCCAGCAGGUGAGAAUGCAGUGCUGGGUGAGAACCCUGAUGCCCAGGACGGUCAAGCAGAAGAGGAGGAGGAGGACAAUGAGGAGGAAGAUGAUGCGGGUGUGGAAGAUGCUGCUGACGCCAACAAUGGAGCCCAAGAUGAUAUGAACUGGAACGCUCUGGAGUGGGACCGGGCUGCAGAAGAGCUUACUUGGGAAAGAAUGCUUGGACUUGACGGAUCAUUAGUUUUUCUGGAACACGUGUUCUGGGUGGUGUCUUUAAAUACAUUGUUCAUUCUUGUUUUUGCAUUCUGUCCUUACCACAUUGGUCAUUUCUCCCUUGUUGGUUUGGGAUUUGAGGAACAUGUCCAAGCAUCUCAUUUUGAAGGUCUAAUCACAACAAUUGUUGGAUAUAUACUUUUAGCAAUAACGCUGAUAAUUUGUCAUGCCUUGGCAACUCUUGUUAAGUUUCAUAGGUCUCGACGCUUGCUGGGAGUCUGCUAUAUUGUAGUUAAGGUUUCUUUGUUAGUUGUGGUAGAAAUUGGAGUGUUCCCUCUCAUUUGUGGCUGGUGGCUGGAUAUUUGUUCUCUGGAAAUGUUUGAUGCUACUCUGAAAGAUCGAGAACUGAGCUUUCAGUCAGCUCCAGGAACUACCAUGUUUCUGCACUGGCUGGUGGGAAUGGUGUAUGUGUUCUACUUUGCCUCCUUCAUUCUGUUACUGAGAGAGGUACUUCGACCUGGUGUCUUAUGGUUUUUAAGGAAUUUGAAUGAUCCAGAUUUUAAUCCAGUACAGGAAAUGAUCCACUUGCCCAUUUAUAGGCAUCUCCGAAGAUUUAUUUUGUCAGUGAUUGUCUUUGGCUCCAUUGUACUUCUGAUGCUCUGGCUUCCUAUACGUAUAAUUAAGAGUCUCUUGCCUAAUUUUCUUCCCUACAAUGUCAUGCUCUACAGUGAUGCUCCAGUGAGUGAGCUGUCCCUUGAGCUGCUCCUGCUGCAGGUCGUCUUGCCAGCAUUGCUGGAACAGGGACACACGAGGCAGUGGCUGAAGGGGCUUGUGCGUGCAUGGACCGUUACCGCUGGAUACUUGCUGGACCUUCAUUCCUACUUACUGGGAGACCAGGAAGAAAAUGAGAACAGUGCAAAUCAGCAGGUCAACAACAACCAGCCUGCUCGAAACAACAAUGCUGUUCCUGCUGGGGAGGGUCUGCAUGCAGCCCACCAAGCCAUACUCCAGCAGGGAGGACCUGUUGGCUUUCAGCCUUACCGCCGGCCUUUUAAUUUCCCACUCAGGAUAUUUCUGCUGAUUGUCUUCAUGUGCAUAACAUUACUAAUUGCCAGCCUCAUUUGCCUUACCUUACCAGCCUUUCUAUUUUCAGUAUUUGCUGGCCGUUGGUUAAUGUCAUUUUGGACGGGGACUGCCAAAAUCCACGAGCUGUACACGGCUGCUUGUGGUCUCUAUGUAUGUUGGCUAACCAUAAGGGCGGUGACGGUGCUGGUGGCCUGGAUGCCGCAAGGACGCAGAGUGAUUUUCCAGAAGGUUAAAGAGUGGUCCCUCAUGAUCAUGAAGACUUUGAUAGUUGCUGUGCUGCUGGCCGGAGUUGUCCCACUGCUACUGGGGCUCCUGUUUGAGCUGGUUAUUGUUGCUCCUCUGAGGGUCCCUCUUGACCAGACUCCCCUUUUCUACCCUUGGCAGGACUGGGCACUAGGAGUGCUGCAUGCCAAAAUUAUCGCAGCUAUCACUCUGAUGGGUCCUCAGUGGUGGUUGAAAACUGUCAUUGAACAGGUUUAUGCGAAUGGCAUUCGGAACAUCGACCUUCAUUAUAUCAUUCGUAAGCUGGCGGCUCCAGUGAUCUCCGUGCUCUUACUUUCCCUGUGUGUACCGUAUGUCAUAGCUUCUGGUGUGGUUCCUUUACUAGGUGUUACUGCGGAGAUGCAGAACUUAGUCCACCGGCGGAUUUACCCGUUUUUAUUGAUGGUCGUUGUGUUGAUGGGGAUCCUGUCCUUCCAGGUCCGCCAGUUUAAGCGCCUUUAUGAACACAUUAAAAAUGACAAGUACCUUGUGGGGCAGCGCCUGGUGAACUAUGAGCGCAAAUCUGGCAAGCAAGGCCCGUCCACACCACCUCCACAGUCGUCCCAAGAAUAAAGUGCUUAUCUCAGCUCCUUGACCUUCUCCUUGCCUUUCCGUGUCCUUUUUUGUGGACUUCUCACUUUGGAGAUUCUCCCUGUGAUCUCUCAGCGUUGUUUUAAGUUACUGUACUUGACUUGUGUCCUCAGCGUUCAGAGAGCAGCACGUCCGGCACUGCUGCUCCUCCCUGCAUCUGCCGACACCACUGCUAUCUGACCUCUGUACAUGUGUAAAUAGGAGUUCCUUGACGCCCUGAAACCUUGGAUUAAACAGAAUGUGCAUUGUACAUCUUUAACAAAUGUAUAUUAAUUUAUUAAAUCUAGUUGUCACUUUAUUUUGGACCUGCUGUGAUCUCGACAGGAAAUGUGCCACAGAGCAGUAGUGUAUAGGCGAGACUUUGAGUGACAUCUUGUGGAGCACAGUUGAUGGUGUUGCCAGCAAUUCUCACCAGGUAACCGCAUCCUGUCCUUGGCUCGUCAGUCCUUACCAGGAGCCGAAUGAGCAGUGGAGUCUGGGAAGGGACAUGGACAGAGUGCCUCACAGACAGUCAUGUUUGGAAGUUAUUCCGUGUAACACCAAAGCUGUUGUACAUUUUCUACUGCCCGAUUGUUUUCAUGUGUCUGUGUUUGUAAUAUUGUAUAGUAUGUUGUGCUAGAUGAGGAAAUUAUUUUUAAUUUUGAUAAUUUAAUAUUCCUAGUGAUCAGCAUUGGGAGUUGGGGUUUUAUGCUUGUUAGGGGCAUGUCUAUACUUAGAUAAACUACCAAUGAAGAUUUUCAUUAGUCUCCUCCCCUUCCAUACAGCUCGCUCUUUCUGUCAGCAGUGGCCAGAAGUGUCAUGCUAGGUGAGAAAUCUUAGGGGAUAACACCAACAGCCCACAUUGUGACACAUUGUGACAGCUGGGAGGCUAACGUUAGGCUGUGGUGUGGGGCUUGGAACACCCGACAGUCAGUGUGCACAGCUGAGGCUCAGUGAAAACGUCAGGAAAUCUCAGUUUCCAAAGCUUUUUGUUUAUGGAAAACUGCAAAUAAAACUAAGUUUUGUUUGUAGAAAGGAAGCAGCCUGAGCUGGUCUUCUACAUAGGAAGGAGUUGCAUUGGAGAAGUGCUGUGAGAUCAUGGAGAACUGAAUACUCAAGCCGUGAAGUUGAAGAGACUAGGAUGGUUGGUCCAUCAUCCCAGUGUUUAAUGGUGAAGGUGUAUUGUAAGGGUAGUGUUAGAAGCUGUCAUAGACUGUAAAAGAAUUCCAUGGAGUAUUAAAACCCAUAGAUGGGAAGGUCUAAGGUUUGGUCCCCCCCCCCCCUCUUUUUAAGUACAAAAGCCAAACAUAAGCUACCAAUAUUCAGAGCGAUGUGUUCUGCUUUUGUUUAUUGUUUUUAUUCACUAAGUGAUAAGCAAAUAUUUUGUUUUAAAACUGCAGUAUAUUUGAAACAGAAACAGUGCUUGCCAUGGGAUCCAGUGUUAACACUGUCACUUUGUAACAGUUCUUUCUCCUGUGUGUAAAGUAAGGUCCUUCCAGCAGCCCCCUUCACUCACAGACUGAGUCCUGCUGUAAAGACUUAGCAUUUUAAAAUGCCCUGACACCUGCCCUGGAUAUGUCUAUAAAAACCAGUCUUUUGGGGAGAAAGAUGUCAGUGAGUUGGGCAUAUAACAUUGUUUACGAUCCAUUUUUAAUUUUAAAGAAUUUAUAGAUCUACCACAAAAAGUUUAAAAUUAUUAAUCCUCCAAAAUUUUAAAUGAACCUUGUGUUGUUGAAAAACAAACACAAACGGUACAGGUUACCAAAAUUUGCCCCCAUUUUACUGGCAGGAGACUCUGUGCUCUCUUACUGUGGAAUUCCUCCAGGGUUUUCAGCUCUGCUUUAUCCUGGGGCUUUCAGUUAGAUAUGUCCUCAUAAGGGUUUAUUGUGCAUAAUGUUUGCUGGGGUGGCAUACAGCUUUUAGUCACCAAUGUCAUGAACAUUGAAAACUGCUCAGUUCAGAAACUGUGUUCCUAUUUGCUGCCUGUUUUUACAGGGAAUUUAAAGACUUCUGCUUCAUUUUGUGUUGGGCUAAUCCAGUCUUCAAGGAAGUUUACUAGGAAAGACCUUUGUGCUUUAUUAUUUGUAAUUUGAAGACAAAUCACCAUUUGGGAUUAGUUUUACAUGACCAGUGAUCAGAUGGUCAGUUUGAAAUGUAUAGUUGUUCGCUAUUAACAAAUUAUGGAUUGAUUUUUAAACUACAAAGUACUAAUAGUUUAGAUGAAAGCGGAAGAAAAUGCCAGUGUAAAAUGUGUGUGUAGCUAGCCUUAAAGUUCUGUGUUUAUAGUCGUGCCCCCCCACCCCCACUCCCGUGCUCUGGGGGAAAGGAGGAGAUAGGACAUCUCUAUUGCAGAUGUGAACAAGUGAUUUUUAUUUCAACAUUUGGUUUAAUACUGUGAAGUCUUAGAUCGUCCUUCCCCUCACACAAGUAACAGUAACUUUCCACUGAUGAAUUUAUCUAUUAGGCAUGUCGUCUGUGUUGCACAGAUGUGCCAUUAAAGUAGGUUCUUAAGUUUAGGUUGAACAGAUGAAUUUUUAAGACAAACACAGAAGAUGCAUUUGGAUUUUUCUACACUGUUGUGUUUACAGACACAGGAGCUGGUGCCCUUAAGCAAGAACUCUGGCACUUGUCAGCACGGUGCUGCGAAGUAGCUUUCUCCUUUCCUCUCCAGGAUGGAGGGUAUCAGGCUAGUCUGUGAUGCCUCGCUUUUACAUUGUGACAUUCAAAGUUCUUGUUUAAAACAAGCCUAGAAUCUUAACUGUUCAGUCAUUAUCAAGGGAAAAGACGAAGCAGAGUACCACUGAAGUGUUACUAAAGACCUCUUUUGUGAAGGGUCUCUAAGUUCUUUGCUUAAGCUGCCCUGUAUCCACACACUUAAUUUGCCCUGCCAAUCAGAUAUUCUGUUUUCAGCGUGUCGCUGCUGUGUCAAAUCUUUAAACAGCUGUCAUGAGUGAGGGCUUUUUUCAAACACUCUCCAACAGUGGCUUUGGCUUUAGUAUAAGGGUAGACAGUACCGUGGUGCUGUGUGUUUCCACCCCUGUCUGUAUGGGUGCCUCACUUUGUAAUCCUGACAGUCCUGGUGUGCCGUAGAUGGAAGUGAAUGACUAAGGCCUCGGUGUGUCUGUUGUAGGAGUGGACUAGAGCACUAGUGAUGUGGGAUGUCAAUUUUCUAUCACCGUGACGCCUGUACCCAGACCAAUUUUAUGUACAUAUAUUCAAAAAUGCUCCCUUUUUUAUGUGGUCCUUUGUUGCCUUCUGAGUUAAGAGAACAGAAUUGAAUAAAGUGAAUGUUAGUUGUA